UUUUAUUGUAAAUUCAAUAAUUUAAUAAUUGUUUUUGUAUUUAUAGUAAUUAAUUAAUACAUUAUUUAUAUUACUGACUAUCGUUAUUUACUUGAAUAAUAUAAAUAAAUUAUAAUAAUAGUCUUUCUAAACGAUUAAAUAACAGAGCUCUUUAAAUUUUGGUGCCCAGUGAAUAUGGAAGACGUAUAUAAUGUUGAUAGAAAUUCUAGAAGUAAUAGUCAUAAAAAGAGCGAAUUUAGUAUUACUAAUCAGUUAGCGAACUUCGAAAAGUUACGUAUUUCGGCUCUGACAAAAGCUGCUGAAAUUAGUCCUCUUGUAACCGAAGUCACUAUUGGACCCAAUACUCCGAACAAAAGGCAGGAAUUUCAAGAUCAAAAACCAUUGAUAACUGCUACCAAAGAAGGUGAAAAUCUAAUAGAAGACAGAAUCCGCGAAGAUCUACGUUACACGCUUAUAAUGAAAGAGUAUGAGACGAAGUUACAGAAAACGACAGAAGAUUCAUUUAUAGAGUUGAUUGAGAAAAUGAUUUCGAAAAGAAUAGAGUUUAUGGGAAAAUAUUGGGAAGCUCAGAGCGAGCAAUGUGAACGCCGAGCACUUGACCGUAGGAAUCGUAAACUACAGAUGUUAAAGCAACAACAGGAAAAUGACAAUCUAUCACUGUUAGAAAGAGCAAAGCUGGAUGAGCAGAAUACUCAAGUGGUAAAUAAACAAACAAUUGAGAAUAUGAAUAAAAUAUUAGAAGAACAAAACAAAGCAACUGCUCGGUUUGCUGCAAUAAUGGAUAGUCAUACAAAAAUAUGCAUAUGCUACAAUGAAAUAUCAAAUCUAAUACAGACAGAACAAAUGGGAAAAACAAUAUGUGAUAAAUAUAUAAAUACAAUUAACACAGUUGUAGGAAAUAUCAAUGUUUUAUUGGAACUGUGUAAGUCUAAUGCUAUUACUGAGAAGGAAGUGAAACAAGCUGAUAUUCUAUCCUUAAAUAUAGACAAUGUUAGAAAUAAGAUAAUUGAAGAUUUACAAGAAAUGAAACGGCAGGAGUUAUUAAGAAAACAGAAGGAAUUAGAGCAAGAGGCAAGAAAAAAGAAAGAAUUAGAAGAGAAGGAAGCUGAAAAAGCUAAAAUAAAGAAUACUGAUACUAUUCUUACUCACAACACAGUAAUACAACAUACUAAAAAGGUUAAACCAACAUUUUAUUCCCCUGUGAAUUAUAGUUACUAUGAAGAACUUAGAACAUUUUUAGAACAAUAUGAAGCUCAAUAUAAAGAAUUGUUAGAAAAUAUUAACUUAAAGAAAUUCAGAUUUGAUUGUCAAAAGGCUGUCAAUACACCAGUUAAUGCAUUGUCAUCUGUUAGUGGACAUCAUAUGAAAGAUAAGUAUGAAAAACUGUUCAAGCUAUUAAAGGGUGACAGAGUACAAGUGUUUGACACUUAUGUGACAGCAACUCAACAUCCGCAGGGACUAUUCUACUGCACAGCACUUUUAGCAAAGAAAAUUGUACAACAGGGAGAUCGAUUGGUCUCCAGUAAUCCAGAGGCAGCCUUUCCUCUUGCUGCUAUUGCUGUAGCUUUGUGGUCACAAUUUCCAAUUUUUGGAAAAUUAUUAGAAGCAAACUUUCAUAAACAGUGCCCAUAUUUGGUACCAAUGUUUUUGCCUCAGAAAGAAGGGCAGACUGACAAAGAGUUCUAUCUCUCCAGAGGUUACACAUACAAUGAAGAUGGUGUAGUAGAGAAGCAAGAUAAGUUUUUGAAGAGAAUUUCUGGGAUUUUCCAACUCCAUUGUGCCAUCUGGAUAGCAAAAACACCAAAGUUUUUGAAUACGCAAAAUCCUCACAGCUUAAGAUUUGGGUGGCAGUGGUUAGCUUCUUUUGUAAAUUUAAAACCUGAACCUGAUAUUAGUGCCACAUUACUCCAUGAUUUCUUUACCAUUUGUGGAAAUGAUUUUUUUAAAUAUUAUAGUGAACAAUUUAGAAAAAUUAUUAAGUUAGUAAGUACUGACUAUCUUGCUAUAUUGCAAAACAUUGACGAAGGUGGCCCUAAAACUAGAUUAGAAGUUUUCCUUCAAGAUGUACUAAAAUCUGGUCACAUUGCACCACCAAGUGGGCUAUUACAACUCAGUAGUUGGUAACACAUAGUUUUAAAUUGUUGUUUCUGUAUGAUUCAUUUUCUAUGUUUUUUUUGUAAUAAGUAAAAUGUUUUUGUAUUGUAUGUAAUUAAAAUAAAUAUCAAAUUAAGUGUAAAAUGCAAUGCAGUCUAUAGUUUUAUGAAAUGUUUUGAAUAUAAUUUGUCAAUGUGACAUAUGCAUCUUAUUUACUACAUAUACAUUAAUUUUAGGAAUAAGUAUGAUUGCUUCAUGAUGGUAUUGUUAAAUAAUCAAUUACUGUUAUCAACCCUAAUACUAGUCUCUAGAUAAUUUCCUUAGUUAUUUAAAUAUUAUAUGUCUUAUCUCCAAGCAAGGUCCUUUAAGGGCUAAGUGGAGAGAAAUGAGUGUCAUUGGCUUUACUUUCAUUGACAUAAAUCUAUAGGAAGAAAAAUAGUGUGAUACUACUUUUAUAUUUAUACUACGUUACUACUUUCAAAGCACAUUAUGCUUUGAGAGUAGUAAAUAAUUUUCGACAAUUGCUCUAAACCUAUUGUGGCAUGACAGUAAAAAAAUGUUAAGACUAAGAACGUAUAUUACAGAUGACAGUGAACUGACAAAUGUACUUAAAAAUAUUGCUCUUAUAUACACAUGAUUCCUAUGUAGAUACAGCAGUGCUUAGUAGACAUCAUUUAGUUUGUCUUACUAGCCAUAAUUUAUAGAAAAUGUUACAUUGAUGUAGGUAACUGUGCCCCAUACCUAUUGUCAGAUAUAUAGAAUAUAUUAUUCUUUGCUCAGAUUACUGGGGCAUUGCUUCGUUAUACAAUUGUUAUGUACUGUAAAUAAUAAAUUAAAAUAAAUAUCUUUCUAAUUUAUAUGAAUUAUUUGAGAAUUGUAGUUGGAACUUAUAUGGUCCAUACGGCCUUCUAUAGUUUGGUGAAGAUGUAAAAGUCAGCUGCGACAAACAGCAAUAGAAUAAUUUUAAAAAGAACGAGCUUCAAGUACUAUAGUUCUAGUCAAACCGUGCACUGAGCAAGUAAUCACUACGAUAACGACAGUGAUGCUUGAUACCGUAUGUGCAGCACAGAGUACGCUGUCAGUAACAAAACAGCAUGUAAUCUGUAUUGCUAUCAUUGAAUUACUUUUGGUUUGUUUAAAUUAAAUAUAUUAAAGUUGCCCAUGAAUAGUUUAAUAUAGUAGAAU